AUGUCUUCAACAAGUGCAACUGUACCCGCUUGGGAGCAGAAUUUCCGUCAUGAUAUGGCGCUGUCUGUUCCAACUCUCAACACGAUAUCAAUGCACUCUUCAGACGCUUUGGAGACCUCUAAAAUCGAGGUGCCAAUGCAUCAUGAUGAUUAUCCACCGGAAGAUAAUGUCAAUAAUCAGCUUAUCGCCAUCAACGUAGCUACUGUUCAACACAUCCAGACUGCUAGUGGGGCAUGCAUCGAUACCAUUCAACGCUUGAAGGGUACGCAACCUAACAAAGACGUCUGGGGUCCUGCCAUCGAGACUGCUUACUGGACCGCUAACCAAAGCUUUUCCAAACGAUUCAGCAAUGCAUCGGAUGUGGCCGUCAAAUUUAUUAGUGCCCUCCCUCCUGCUCAGCAAAGUGGAGCGGCCAAUUUCAUGAGCUACAGCAUGGGCAUUGUUAACAAGGCUAUCCAAAGGGCAUUAUCUGCGCUUUCGAGUGCGAUUAUCUUGCGCACCCUUAAGGAAUAUCUGGCGGGGAACUGGAGUAAGCUUACGGAAGUGGUUGAUGAUGUCAAGGCUGGGUGCAGCGCUGCUAUAAAUGCCUUGAAUUCCUUGCUCUAG